GAGAACUGUCGCGCCUUUGCCGGAGAGGUGAUGGAGGUUCUGGCGAUCUGAAGGAGGCCUCAGUCUCUCGCCUUUUCGUUCCGCUCCUGCGGCUGCUCUCGCACUUGCGUCCGGAGAGGUCCCUCCCCCCUUUGCGUGUCUUCUCCCUGAGGAGGGCGAUACGUUCCCCCGCUUCGAUUUACAGAGAAUUGGCAUGGAUGCGCGUAUCUUGUGAUCUCUAGUUGCAGGCAACUGUCUUCGCUUUCUCUCCGCCCACUGCCUCGCGUCGUCGUUCCCCGCUUGUGCAUGACCUCCUCGUUUCGCAGAGCUCCGUCGAUGCGCGCCGGGAGCUCCUCGCCAGCCUAGUCGGUCUCUGCGCGCCUGUUGAACUCCAGGUUCUCAAGCGAAUCCAGUUGAAAGAACCGCACUGAGAGUCCUCCAGCCUUCUCCUUGUUCGCCUUCUCCUUGUUCACCUUCUCUUUCCUCGUCGUCUUUCUUGUCUUGCGCGCGGCAAGAAAGACUCGUUGAGCUGUCCGCAAUGACGGAGAGACGCCGCGGUCCCGGCGAGGUGUCUCCCUCUUCUUCCUCGCCGUCUCCUCCACGCAAACGCAAACGGCUCUACAGAAAUGGCCGAUCUUCUUCUCCCGUUCCUAUCGCUUCUCCUCCGUCCUCAGCUUCUCCCUCUUCAUCUUCUCCGCCCUUGACAUCUUCCUUUUCCUCUUCUUCGCCUUCUCUCUGCUCUUCCUCGACUUCUCUCUGCUCUUCCUCGGCUUCUCUUUCUCCUCUCUGCUCCAGUCCGGCUCCGCGGUUUUCUUCGUCGUCCUCGGCAGAGGCAGAGGAACGCGGGCGGCUGGAGGCUGGGGAAAUGCCAGCUUCUUCCUCUCCCUGCUGCGCCUCUGGCGAGGACGGCGAGAGUUUGCUUCUUCGCGGGGGAGCUGAGGAAGAAGACGAAGAAGCAGAGGGGGAAGCCUGCCCUCAGUCUGGCCCUUCGGAAGACGGAGAGGAGACAAAGUCGCUCUUCGCCGGCCUCGCUGUCCGUCUGCAUGCGCCUCACCUUUCCGCCUUCCCCAGCCAAAGACGCUCCCGCUUCCAGUUGAGACAGCUUGCAACGAGACACCGAAGAACUCCCGAAAUCAGCCGAGAGGCGCCCGCGCCGGAAGAGGCGGUGUCUGUGUCGGGUGUACGUACACUUGACCGCGACCGCCCCGCGCUCGCUCCGCCCCGAGUGUUGCUUCACGGCGUUCCGAGUAUUUCUCGCGACGCAGCUGCGUUCUUCUUUCUCUCUCGUCUCUACAACGCGAAGGUUUCUGAUCUCCUCGCGUCAGGGUCGCCGCUAAGCAAGGUGAGGACCGCGGAACAGAGACGCAUGAACUCGUCGUCUGCCUUCGCUUCUUCGCCGCCUUCCGCCUCUGCUCCGACUCCCGCUUCUGCGUGGAUCGUUCGACGCAAUCGCUUCGUCACGCAACUCCACGGUCCGUCGCUGAACAUCGCCUGCUACUCCCCAGAGGCCUGGCGGAUUCUGAAGUCUCUCCUUCUGCUUCUGUCCAAUGAGUCAAGGAAGGCGCCCUCUCUCUUCGCCCCCACCGCCGUCUCCGCGGCUGCAGGCGCCUCAGCUUCUCCCUGCAGUUCUCUCUUGUCGUCGCCUUCAGUGUCGUCGUCGCGGGCGUCUCGUCUUGCGGCUUCUCCGCUGUCUUCAGGGAAACGUUUUCCAGGCGCGACUCUCUUCAUUGAAGACGUCGACCAAGUUGCGCCUGCGCUCCAGAGACGCCUCGCGGCGCUUCUGUUGCGCGUCCAGGAGAAAACCGGCGCGGGCCUCGCGCCUCGCGUCUCGGGAGUCCAACUCGCCUGGCUGUUCACGGCCUCCCACCCCCAUGCCGUUGUCUCUGCCCUUCGCCACAGCUGCGCCGCGGUCCGUCUGCCCCUGCCUUCCGUCUGCGAGCUUGCAUGCAGGUUCACCGAGGCGAAGGAAGAAAGUGAGAAAACGGAGGAAAAGGAGGAGAGAGAAGAGACAGGAAGACGCGGAGAAGGCGCUGCGGAGGAAGAGGAGACGCCGACGAGAUCCUCAGGGAGCAUCCAGCAAGGGCAGACCGGGAGCAGAACGGAGGAAGAAGAAGAGCAUCCAGGAGGAGUGAGCAGGAGAGAGGCAGGCAAGACUGAGAUAUGGACAGAAGAAAUGAGGCAUGAUGCGUCGACCUGCGCAACAAACAUAGCUGGGCAAAGAAAGGGCCGUCGCAGAGCCCCUUUCUCCACCAAGGAGACUGCCUCGUCCUCUUGUUCGGCGUCUCGUUCUGCGGCUUCGUCUUCUCUCCACUUCCUCGCCAGAGAAACUGAACGAUGUUCUCUUUCUCUCUUUCUCUCGCUCUCUCGAAUUCGCCGCACAGACCCCGCAGCUGAAACUCGGCUUCAGCGUCUCCUCUCUCUCGCCGAGAAAGACGAACAGGAAUCUCCUGGAGACAGAGACGAAGGAGAAACGAAGGGCAAGGAUCGAACAAACACAGCAGUGCGACAGGCAGCAGAAGAGGCAGAGGGACGAGGUCAAGAGAGAAGUACACAGGUGGCUGAAGAGGGAGUGAAAGAGCAAGAGGAAGCUGGAAACAGUGAAGGAGACAAGUCGACUUCCUCUUGUUCGUGGGCAAACACAGUACGUCACUCUGCGUCGCGUGGAGAUCUGAACGAUGUCGGACUCGGCGGAAAAUGUGUGAAUGAGAGAAUCGCAAAAAUCGCGCAACUCAUCACAAGCACCAAGUGCUGCGAUCGGAGCUUGCAGACUCUUCGUCAUCUCUGGCAGGGGGCACUGCAGCAAGACAAUCACUUUCGAACGCAGAAUGCAGACGCGCUUCUUCUGGAUCUGAUGAAAGCCGUUCUCCGCGUCUCGCCGAAAGGAGAUCAGUCGUUUGCUGCCGACUUCAUUCACCUUCUUGCAGAAACGUCCCUCGAAAUCGCUCGCGGGGAGUUCGCUGUAGGCGCCACAGCAAAUCUGGAACUGUGUUCUCUGCGGGCGUCGCGCCUGUACCACGCCAGCCGCGCUCGGAUGCAUGCCUCUCUCUGCGAAAGCGAGAAGGAAGAACGAGAAAAAACAAAGGCAGAAGAAGAAACAAAGGCAGAAGAAGUAACGAAGGACGGAGAAGAUGUGCAGGACGGAGAAGAUGUGCAGGACGGAGAAGAAGAGGGAGAAGAGGAAAUGGAGCAGAGCGACCAGCUCGGUGAGGAGCUCUGUGUAGAGAGUCCCGUGCAGUGGCGCCGAGACGCAGACACAGACGAGGACUUGAAGAGAAGAGAGCGAAACGAAGAGGCUCCGAAGCAGGUUGAAACGACAGCUAGUCAGGCUGCGAGUGAACGAGGCGAAACAAAGGCGACUGAAGUCCUGUCCUCGUUCGGCCUGUUUGAUGGAGAAGACUGAGGCCGGCACUGCCCAUGCGUGUCUGUCGCCGAGUCUUCGUGCUGGAAGUUGAUUCCAGGAAAAAUCCGCGAAAACGCGCGUGCAUCGAAGAACGCAGUCUGGCACAGCGGCUGCGCGGUGGAAAUCGAAGGAGAAACCUGUCUGUCGCAUGCAUGCAAUGCAGAAACGUUCAUGGCGCAUUGCUCAGUGGCGCCGAUGCGACGAGAACUCAGCGUUCAGUCUCGCAGCAUUUACAUCACUUCCUUCGCAUGGUGUGUGGUAUUCUGGCCCCCCCCCCCCAACUUUCCUCGGACUUGCGGUCCGCGUAGCUCCUGGCGCAGGAGCUGCGGAACUUCCAGUGGUGUGUCGAAAAACACGUUCUCGAGCGGUUCUCAAGAAUCAUGUCGAAGCAUACGUGGAUUUGUAAAGACACAACAUGCACGGGAAGCGCGUGGAUUCGAAGGCUUUGCUGUUUUUUUCCGUCUCCGUUUACAAAGACGUGGUGUCCUUACACCGUGAACUUGGAAUGGGUUUCCAGACUCGCAGC